AUGUUGUGGACUGUCGCCUUUGCCGUGACUCUCCUGAGCUCCGCCGCACCGCUUGCGCGGGCGGAGGUGCAGACAUACAACCUGACAGUGAAAAGCGAGAUUCGGUCCCCUGACUGCCUGGAGCGCCGUACGCUUACUGUGAAUGGGCUCUUCCCUGGCCCCACAAUCCGCAUCAGAUCUGGCGACACAGUUCUUGCCCACGUCACAAAUGGAAUGCCCAGUGAGUGCCCGAUUCUACCAGGGGAGACGUUCCUCUACAACUUUACUGUGCCCGACCAAGUGGGGACAUUCUGGUACCACGCGCAUCUCGGCAUGGAGCGCGCCGCCGGCGCGUGGGGCCUCUUUAUCGUCGACCCGCCUCUCGGACAGUCCGAGCCGUUCGCGUACGACCAAGAACUGGACAUCACUCUCGCCGACUGGUACCACAUGGACGAAAUCUACUACGGGUACUAUUUCCUGGCCGUCAACGGCGCUAACCCGCCCGCCAACUCGUUCCUGCUCAACGGCCGCGGCCAGUUCAACUGCACGCCCGCCAUCGAACGCACCGGCGGCUACGGCGACCUAGAUCCGUACAAAGCGUGCAACGUGUCGAGCGCCGACUGCGGGCCGACCGUGCUCAAGGUGCAGCCAAACACGACGUACCGCGCACGGAUCCUUAGCGGCGCUGCGCAGUCUUACAUGCUCUUCUCCAUUGAAAACCACACGCUGACGAUCGUCCAGGCCGACGGGGGAUACACAGAGCCGCGCAACGUCAGCGUGCUGGAGAUUGCCUCGGGGCAGUCGUACUCGGUGCUGUUCACGACCAAUCAAGCGCCCAACGCGUAUUACGUCAGCGUGCGGAGCAAGUGGGAGACGCCCGGCUACUGCAUGCAGGCGACCGGGACGGGCCAGUGCCCCCACCUGACGGGCACCCUCCUCUACUCCAGCUCCGCCAACGCGGUCGCCCAAAACGCACCCCCGCCCAGCAGCCUGCAGUCGCAGGGGAUCUCCUUCGGGGAUCCCUCUGUCAACGCCUCCAUCGCCUUCCAGAAGAACAUCACCAUGAACAAGGAUUACGUCACGCCGCUGACGUGGCCGCCCACGCGCAACAUCACCAUCCUGACCAGCCUGGGAGCGGACCCGGACAGCCAUCCCGUGUUUGCAUUGAACGGGAUCGAGGGAAGGGAGCCCGUUACGCCUCUUCUGAUAGCUGAGUACUACAACGUCUCAGACGGGAUCGACAACACUGCACACGACACUUACCGUCCGGGAGACGAGACUUCGCUCUUGGUCGAGACCGCGCAAGGAUUGCCGGUCUACCGCAUCAACGGAAACGAGAGCGGAAUGUCGUGCUACGGAACGGAGCUCGCUUCUGGAGCACCGACCGAAAGCUGUUCCGUUCUGAUCGUGUUCCAAAACUCGAUGGUCACGACCCAGCAGUCCAACAUGGCAAUCAACGACACGUACCUGGCUCUGCUGCCCGUCGCCGUACCGCACGCGUGGCAUCUUCAAGGCCACGACUUCUGGGUCGUGGGCCAGGGACGUGGCGUUUACGACGCGACGGAGAGCCCCAAGACCUUCAACCUGGUGAACCCCAUUUACCGGAACACCGUCGCCCUUUAUCCUCGCGCGUGGGCCGCGAUCAUGUUUAACGCCGACAAUCCGGGAGCGUGGUUCGUGCACUGCCAUCUCGACGCACAUAUGUGGGCAGACUCCCUCUUCGCUGCGAUGCGCUUCUAA